GAUUUGGGAUGGAAUCGCAGAUGAAAGCGCUCCUCAGAUAGAGAAAGAGAGAGAGAGAGAGAGAGAUAAAGAAAGAGAGAGCAUUGAAUUGAAUAAUGAGGAGUUAAAAGUGAAGGUCACGAACAACGUCAUCUCCCGUUAAAAACUUAACGAAAUCAUUCCACUGCUCUCUCUCUCUCUCUCUCUCUGCUGUGCUGUGCUGUGCUGUGACUUGUGACUUGUUGAGUGGUGGAAGUAGUGAGGUAGUGAGUGGUGGUCUUAGUCUCCAACACUAUUAAUAUCAUCGCGUGGAUUUCAGCGUUAUUCAAACCGUCAUUCAUAGGCGCGCUCACUCGAUUGAUCAUUCUCUACAACUUCCCUACUCUCAGAUUCCAAUACCAUAUACCAUCUUCAGUUUCUGGGUUACUGUUUUCCAUCUCCAUUUCUCCGAUUUAGAUACGUAGGUAGACCUCCAAUUUCCCAUCGAAAUCAUCUUACUGUAGAGAGUAGAGACCCUUUCCAGUUCCUGAUGAUUUAAAGCAUUCAAAGUAGAGAUUCCUCUUCUUUUUGAUCCAUAAAGAAAGAUUUCCAAGUUCUUAAUUGUUAUACUCGUAUGUCUCUUGUCUCUCUGCUAUUACGGUUUGUCGCGAUCGUAAAUUUCUGCUUCCUUUUUUAAGCGCAACAACAUUCAUCCACUGUAUUGUCUAUAAGAAUAUCAAGACUAGUUUUGAUUGUAAUGAUUUACACAAUUUUUGAGGGAUAUUGAGAUCAAAGGUGAUUGGACAGUUAGAAUCCUAGGCAAUUCGGUCAUACUGAGUGCUUGAGAACUUUGUUGAGAGCUGAUGUUCCCGCUUUGAAAGGAAAGGAACACAGUUCCCUGUAAAGACGAACGUUCAAUCGGAGGCCAACCUUUCCCUUACCCCCUUGGCCCCUUUAUAAAUCAUCGAAAAAGCCUUCGCUUCAACAUGCGGGUAGCUCUUGAUAAAGGAAAGAGGAACGUGGAAAGACACACAAGGAGACCAUGCGGAAUGUGAAGCUCCAUGAAGCUCCCAAGCCUCAGACCACCAAACCAAAGGAGCGUCACAUCGUUACCUGGACCCAAGAGGAGGAUGAUAUUCUUCGGGAGCAGAUCAGCCUUCAUGGAACUGAAAACUGGACGAUUAUUGCAGCUAAAUUCAAGGAUAAAACAACUAGACAGUGCAGAAGAAGAUGGUACACUUACUUAAAUUCAGAUUGCAAAAAAGGAGGAUGGUCACCGGAGGAAGACAUGAUCUUAUGCGAGGCUCAGAAGAUAUUCGGUAACAGAUGGACUGAAAUAGCCAAGGUGGUUUCAGGAAGAACGGAUAAUGCAGUGAAAAACCGAUUCUCCACCUUGUGCAAGAAAAGAGCAAAAUGUGAAGCCUUAUCGAAGGAGAACAACAUUUCAUGUAUAAACCCAAACAAUAAGAGAGUAAUAUUACAAAAUGGGUUUGUAACGAACGAUUCCACUCCACCUCUUAAGAAGAUGAGGACCCAAAUCUUGAAUCUCACCAAAAGCUGUACCACCAAAGGAGGAACUCCGAGGGAAUGCACAGAGAAACAGCAGUUGAGACCUCCCUUUGCGGAAUUGGUUCAAAACUUCCACAAUGUUGGCAACUUGUCAGCUCAGCAGCAAGUCAGCAACAACACCAAAGUAGCCUUUAAUGAUGCUGAAGAUAACAAGGUCCAGGGAACAUUUCUUAGAAGGGAUGACCCAAAGAUCACUGCUUUGAUGCAGCAAGCAGAACUGCUCAGCUCGCUGGCACUGAAAGUUAACACAGAUAACACCAACCAGAGUCUUGAAAAUGCCUGGAAGGAACUGCAAGAUUUCUUAAACCGAAACAAAGAUAGCAAUCUGCUAAGCUACAGAAUCUCUGAAACGGAUUUUCUAUUCGAUGAUUACAGAGACUUGGCAGAGGAUUUAGCCCAUGAUAAUAUGGAAAGUCAACUAUUAUGGAGGCAACAAGAUUUAUAUGAGGAAUCUCCAGGCAGUUCUGGGUACAGCACAGGAUCAACUCUCCAGUCCCAUGCAGCAGCUGAUAAAACAGAACGACAUCAAGCUGAAGUAUGUUCACUGCACCAGAAUGAUAUUGUUACACCACAGUUAGCUCAUACAAGAGAAGUACAAAAUGAUCUAAGUGGUUGCGAUGAUGGGGUUUCUAUAACGAAUACUCAAGCAGAAAUCUUCUUUUCUCCUGAAGAAUUGAAAGAAAAUGGAGUCAUGCAUAUCUUCCCAAACACAGAGUUCAGUUCCCCUCUCCAAGUGACCCCACUGUUCCGAUCAUUGGCAUCAGAGAUCCCAAGCCCCAAAUUUUCAGAAAGUGAGAGGAACUUCCUACUGAAGACACUUGGUUUGGGUUCCCCACCUCCUCACCCAAGCACCAGCCCAUCCCAACCACCCCCUUGUAGAAGGGCACUCCUCCAUAGUCUCUGACCAACUUCUCCAAAUUUUACAGCGAAUUUGUGCCCUAGACUAUUCUCAGAAUUUUAGCAUGUCAUGAGGUUUUGUCUUCAUUCUUCUCCUCUCCAACUUUAUUUCAUUACACUUCAAAAGUGUGCUUGAGUGUGCCAUUACACACUCUAAGCAUUCCAACAUACCUGGCCAUGCUUCAAUACUCACAUUGAACUCCCCAUUGUUCUUUCUUCUCGAAAGAUGUGAUCUGGUCAUUGUUUCACAGCUCCAGUUUUUGGUAUUUGAUUUGUCAUUUGUACAUAAUCUGCAUUACAAAACCCUAGUUCCUUUCAGAGUGUAAUUACACAUCGGCAGUUUGGCAUCUCCCAUUUAAAUAGCAGGAAAAAAAAAAAAAAAAAAAGAGCCAGGGAGGAUCAACCAGUUGUAUGGGAGAUUCGAUUUUGGUGUGCAUAGGGUAUAGAUUUUAGAAUAAGAGUUGUUUCUUUCUUUAUUUUUUGCUUUUUUUACUCCUCAUUGUUCUUUUUUGAGUUUUCUUUGCAAGGAUGUAAGUAUUGAAUGCAACCUUCAAAGUUUUUAGAGCAUAAUGUGUUAUGGGUUUUGUGUGUACAAA